AUGCAAAUCAGAAUGGCUCAACCAUAUCUGCCAGCAGAGAAGUUUCUUUCGAGGAAGCAGGAGACGAUUCUGCUCGACGACGAUGUCGUCUACUGGAAACGAAUGCAGCAGCUCACAGUCUUCCAGGAGCCGUCCGUCGUCAGUUCCGUCAGAAUCUCUCCGAAGAAACCGUUCCACGUGGCAACAACGAGCAGUGUCCGGCUCACUCUCUAUGACACCGUCGUUUGUGAACCACUCAAUCUGUUCAGUCGGUUCAAAAAAGGUGUUUGUUCGAUUGACUUCCGUCACGAUGGACGCCUUCUCGGUGAGUUGCCCGAUGUGAAUGUUAGAUGUGAAAAUUGAGAUUCCUUCAGCAAUCGGAGGAGACGAAGGAAAAGUGCGCGUGUUCGACGUCGAGAAGACGACUGGAUCAAGCAAAGUAGCACUCCGUGUGAUGCAGGCUUCGCAGUCCACCGUCAAAAGUGUGCACUUUUCUGCUCGCGGAGACACUGUCUUCUCGCUGGCCGACGACGGAAAGAUCAAGCAGUUCCUCGUGGCGGACACUGCGUACGGAGUGAACGCAGUCCCGUUGGUUGACAUUCAGGCACACGAGGAUGCGAUCCGAUGCGGAGCAGUCUCUUCGAUCAACGAGAACAUGGUGCUGACUGGUGGAUACGAUCACAAAGUGCGGUUGUGGGAUAUCAGGAACAAGGAGAAGACGAUAGAGUUGGACUGUGAGCAUCCUGUUGAGUCGCUGCUCUUCCUGCCAGGAGAACAACUGAUUGCGACGGCCGCCGGUCCGAUUGUCAAGUAAAUAUUAAUAUGAAUCUCAAAUAUCUUACUGUUUCUUCAGAAUCUGGGACACGACGACCGGACGCCAAUUGACUGCUCUACAGGCCCACUACAAAACGGUGACGUCCCUCAGACUGGCAACUAACUCGACGUGUCUCCUGACGGCCGGAAUCGAUCGGAGAGUCAACGCGUUCCGAACGACCAACUACUCGCUCAUUCACUCGUGGGCAAUGCCCGCCCCGGUGCUUGACAUCGACGUCUCUCGGGACGAUCAGACGAUGGCCAUCGGAAUGGGAAAUCUGCUCGCUUUGCACAGACGGGCGGAGAUUAAGAAGGAAGUGACCGCGUCCGCUAUCAUCGAGGACAAACGAUCGGUGAUUCGGACGGCGGCGCCUCCAGUCAAUUUGGCCGAGAAAGGAAGAGACCCGCAGACGGUGGAGGUGGCGGCGAAGAAUGCGGACAAGCUCAAGAUCCCGAAGAUCGACGGAAUGCUUGCAAACUUCAAGCAUGCGGCAGUCAUCAGGAAUAUCUUUUCCGGAAAGUGUCGGUCUAAUUUCGACAGUGCCGUCGUCAGUUAUCUCCGAAUUAUCGUGAUGCGAGGAGCCAUUCACAGAGCUCUCGCCGGCCAGGAUUCGAUAGUUCAGAAGAACGUUCUCAAGUAAGACACAGAACAAAAGCGGAACUGGAAAUCAAAGCAACUUUCAGAUUCCUCAAUCAUAAUCUCUACAAGACGCAAUAUUUCUCUAUUCUCAAAGAAGUCGUAGCUGCAUUUUUCGGUAUCUGAAACAGACGGAAAAAGAGAAAUAAUAAGUUGUUUCAGAUGUUUACUCUUCGGAAAAAUUGGACAGAGAGGUGUUGAAGCAGGUGCACAGGCUGAAAGUGACCCUGUCCCGAGAGCUGGAAGUACAGAAAAUGGUCUGUUCGCUCAUCGGAUCCAUCGAUUUGAUUGUGGCGACAACGAAAAUGAAUGUGAGGACAUCGGAAGAUUUGGUAGAAGAGGACGACGUCUUCGGGGAGCCGACAAUCAAAACUAGGGAUUUGGAUGAACUGAGACCGUCCGAAGGGCCGAAAGCGGACGAAGAAGAAGGAGAGCCGGAGGCGAUGCAGACGAACUGA